UCACCUGCGGAGUGGUGCCUGCGUCUGAGCCUGAGCUCCUGGGAGAGGCAGGAAUGCAGCAGGCGGGACUGGCUCUCGCAGCCUUGGCUGUCUGUGUGGCUCUUUACCCCUCGGAAGCCAUACUUCCCAUUGCCUCCAGCUGCUGCACCGAGGUCUCCCAACAUAUUUCCAGAAGGCUUCUGGAGAGAGUGAACGUCUGUCGCAUUCAGAGAGCUGAUGGGGACUGUGACUUGGCUGCCAUCAUCCUUCACAUCAAGCGCAGAAGAAUCUGUGUCAGCCCCCACAGUCACGCUGUUAAGCAGUGGAUGAAAGGACAAGCAGCCAAGAGAAAUGCCAAAGGCCACAUUUGCCACAAGAAGAAACACCACAGAAAGAGGAGCAGCAAAGGGGCGCAUCCGGGGCACAAACUACGCGGCCCCUGAGCUCCUUCUCCGAGACGGCCCAGGCGAACCUGUGAACACGUUCCUGACGUGAACUUGGCCGCGGCGGGUUAUAAAUUUAUCCUGGGAAUGUUCCUUCUUGGGAGCCAACAAGGAAGAAUAAAAUGAUAUUUGUUAAAAGGAUGUGCAAAUAUAGCCAAUAAUAUACUCAACUGAAAAAUGAAAUGAAGAAAUAACACUUAUCUUCAUAUAAUAUUUUAAGAGCACAGUGUACAGAUGUUAUUUCUUCAACUUUUUUUACUAUAAAGUUUUCUAAACUGGGAAGUUGAAAGAAUGGUACAGGGAAUGCCUGUA